CCUGAAAGGUUAAGCGCCAACAACUGCGCAGGGAGACGACCCCCCCGCCUCAAACUCCUGUAUAUCCCACAGAAGACCACAGUUUGUCCUUUACAGCGUAUCUGCCGUUUUAAUGAGCUGCCUUGUAAAGCGCAGCCCCAGCCCGCUCGUCCUGCGUGGGAAGGGGCACGGCGAGCUUCCGCGGAGCUGCCAGGACCCGCUCGUCCCGUCAUCCCCCGCGCCAAAGAUGUCGGCGGCGAUCGCCGCGCUCGCCUCCUACGGCGGCUCCGACUCGGAGCCCGACUCGGAGCCCGAGGCCGAGGCCGGCUCCCAGCGCUCCGCUGUGCUCGCCAGCCGCGACGCCGUGCUGCACCUCCGCCCGCCGCCCGCCGCCGCCCCCCCGGCCCUGGCCGUCGACGCGGCCCCGGAAGUCGCCGUGAAGGAAGAUGUGGAAACAGGAGUCCACCUUGAUCCUGCUAUCAAGGAAGUUCAAUACAAUCCCACUUAUGAUACCAUGUUUGCACCUGAGUUUGGACCAGAAAACCCAUUUAGGACUCAACAAAUGGCUGCACCUAGAAAUAUGCUUUCUGGAUAUGCAGAGCCAGCUCACAUUAAUGAUUUCAUGUUUGAACAACAAAGAAGAACAUUUGCAACCUAUGGUUAUGCGUUAGAUCCCUCUAUAGAUAACCCUGAAGUUGCUACCAAAUACAUUGGUUCUGUAGAAGAAGCCGAAAAAAAUCAAGGGUUAACAGUGUUUGAAACGGGACAAAGGAAAAUUGAAAAAAGGAAGAAAUUCAAGGAGAAUGAUGCAUCUAAUAUUGAUGGUUUUCUGGGACCGUGGGCAAAGUAUGUCGAUGAAAAAGAAGUAGCCAAACCAUCAGAAGAAGAACAGAAAGAGUUAGAUGAAAUAACAGCCAAGAGGCAGAAGAGAGGAAAACUAGAAGAUGAUAAACCUGGAGAGGAGAAGACUAUAUUACAUGUUAAGGAAAUGUAUGACUAUCAGGGGAGAUCUUAUCUUCAUGUUCCUCAAGAUGUUGGAGUUAAUCUCCGUUCUACAGUGCCGCCUGAGAAGUGCUAUCUUCCAAAGAAACAAAUCCAUGUGUGGUCUGGACAUACAAAGGGUGUCAGUGCAGUUAGAUUGUUUCCUCUCUCUGGGCAUAUACUGUUGUCUUGCUCUAUGGAUUGCAAAAUUAAGCUGUGGGAAGUAUAUGGUGAUCGAAGAUGUCUACGAACAUUUAUUGGACAUAGUAAAGCUGUUCGAGACAUCUGUUUUAAUAAUGCUGGCACUCGGUUUCUUAGUGCUGCAUAUGACCGCUAUCUUAAACUCUGGGACACUGAAACAGGGCAAUGUAUUUCAAGAUUCACAAACAGGAAGGUUCCUUAUUGCGUCAAGUUCAAUCCUGACGAAGAUAAACAAAAUCUCUUUGUUGCAGGAAUGUCAGACAAGAAAAUUGUGCAGUGGGAUAUUCGAAGUGGUGAGAUUGUGCAGGAAUACGAUAGGCAUUUGGGAGCUGUCAACACCAUUGUGUUUGUGGAUGAAAAUAGAAGGUUUGUGAGUACAUCUGAUGACAAGAGUUUAAGAGUCUGGGAAUGGGACAUUCCUGUAGACUUCAAGUACAUAGCUGAGCCAAGUAUGCAUUCGAUGCCAGCCGUGACUUUGUCUCCAAAUGGGAAAUGGUUGGCUUGCCAGUCAAUGGAUAACCAAAUUCUGAUUUUUGGAGCUCAGAACAGAUUCAGAUUAAACAAAAAGAAAAUUUUCAAAGGUCACAUGGUAGCUGGCUACGCUUGUCAAGUGGAUUUUUCACCUGACAUGAGCUAUGUGAUAUCUGGAGAUGCAGAUGGAAAACUUAACAUCUGGGACUGGAAGACAACAAAACUCUACAGCAGAUUAAAAGCGCAUGAUAAAGUCUGUAUCGGUGCAGUGUGGCAUCCACACGAAACAUCUAAGGUCAUUACGUGUGGCUGGGAUGGUCUUAUUAAACUAUGGGACUAAAGAGGAUGCUACAAAGAUCAAAAGAUGCAAGUCCUGCAUACACCUGAGACUAGAGUGAAUUCUGCUGUAAGAAUGGGUAGACAUUUGUAAUACUGCAGUUCUCAGCUAGCUGUAUAUAUGCAAUAAAAAAUGGGAAAUCUUCAGAAGAUACAACUGAAAGGAUAUAGUUCUAAAUAUGACCUCUGAGUAUGAGAAGCUGAGGUCAUCUGAAGCAUGCAGAGUCAAGUGUUAAUUUGUCAUGUCACUGUUUGUGUGAAACACUCUUGUAAAAUAAAAAAAAUUUUAAGAAAAACUAUUUUUGUGGUUCUGGCUGUCAGAGAUGUGGGGAAUGAAAGAAGAAAACCAGCAAUUGUGUAACUCUCUUCCUAAGAAGAAAUCUUUGAUAUCUACUGCAAUAGAGCUGAAAAACAUGCAUUUGUUUACCUGGUUUUAGGUGGUAUUUUGUUGUCCCCAAAAUACUUCUACAUUUGUAGAACACAAACCCACUUGCUAAGACCUGUUAAUUCACAGUAGAAAUGAACUAAUCGGAAGCUAGCAGUUGUCAGAUAAACUGUGUCAACCGAAGACUGUAUUCGUAAACUCUGGGGUUCUGUCUGUAUUUAACAAUAGCAUCAUGCUGAUUACUGAGUUUCAUCUUUGCAAGUAGUCCUCAAUUUCAAGAUUUUGCUUGCAAUAGUUGUGUGUUAAGUGUUGUUUUUUUUCUCUUCCCAUAUGCUGUUAUGUUCCAAUAAGCAUGACAUAUUUAAAGAAGAAGUGAAUGUGUCUUGUUUGAUUUGGAAUACAUUGUAUUAUAAGCCCCAUAAAGGUUUUGACAAUUUAAUGUAUAUACAUGUCACACUUUUUCUCUUUAAAGAACUUAUUUUUAAUAAAUCUUUUUAUAAAAUGUC